CCGAGCCACGAGCCGAUCCAAGCCGAACCCUGUGGCUAAACCGGCUCCACCGGUCAUCCAGCCGCAGCGCUAGGGGAAGUCCCGGAGCAAGCGCUCGCGCUCGCGCAGGCGAUGGCACAGCGGCGCACGGGAGGGACCACCACCAGGCGCGGCCGCCACCGCCUCCUCCAUCCACCACGUCCACGUGAACGGUGACCCGCACCGUGCCACCACCACGGCACCGCCCGCCCGGCCGCACCCAGAAAAACCGAACCGCCUGGCCUGCCCCGCACCACCACCACCCAUACCCUCGCCCCGCCCUUAUCCCCCAUCCGCCUCCACCACCGCCGCCGCCGCCCCCCUCCCCUCCAUCAUUUAUUCCACCUGACCAACCCUCGCCAGAUCCAGAUCUAAAUCGAUGGAGGCCGACGAGCCGCGGCGCCCCUCCGCCUCCGCCGCCGGCGGCAGGAAGAGCGCGCCGGGGCAGCCCUGGUCGGACGCGGAGACCAUGCACCUCAUCGACGUCUACGAGGACCGCUGGACCAAGCUGCGCCGCGGCCAGCUCAAGGCGCAGCAGUGGGAGGACGUGGCGGCCGAGGUCACGGCGCGCUGCGGCGGCGGCCAGCGCAAGACGGGCACCCAGUGCCGCCACAAGCUCGAGAAGCUCCGCAAGCGCUACCGCACCGAGGGCGCGCGCCCCGUCACCUCGCUCUGGCCCUUCUUCCGCCGCAUGGAGCGCCUCGAGCGCGGGCCCGUCGCCCUCUCCACCUUCGCCGCCUCCCCGCCCGCCGCCGCAUCCGACGACGAGGACGAAAACCAGGACGACGACGAAGAGGAGGACGACAACGACGCACGGGAGGACGAGGACGAGGAGGAGGAGCAGGUGCUCGUGCCGCGGAGCAGCAGCAACACCAGGAGCAUCAACGGCAUCCUCCGCGACGGCGGCGCCGGGUUCAGGGGCUUCGCGCCGCGCCAGUCCCCGCAGCGCCAGCACCAGCGCCACCCGCCCUCGCCGCCCGCCGUCACGCUCUCCACCGCGCCCCCGCGGAAGAGGGUCGCCUACGAGGCGGCCUUCCACUCCAGGCCCGCCGAGGACAAGGUCGAGGAGGCUCCGUUUGGCGGCCGCCCCGGCACGCAGAUCUCGGCGGUGCUCAAGGAUUUCGGGGAGGGCGUCAUGCGGCUCGAGCGGCGGAGGAUGGAGGUGCAGUGGGAGAUCGAGCGCGGGUGGAAGGAGACGGAGACAAGCAGCAACAGGAUGCUCCAGGACGCCCAGCGGCAGCUCCAGGACGUCCUCGCCGGUGCCUCUGCCUCUGCGGCACCUGCGCCGGGGAAGAAGCCCCGGAGGGACCAUGGCGGCGGCGGCGCAGACGGCUUGUAGGAUGCGGAUCGGGGGCAUAGGUUUGAAGCUGCUUAUUUUGGUGGUCUGGUGGCGAAGGGGAGGGAAUGGAUUCUUCCUUGUCUUCCUGCUCCGCUCAGGAUGUGUUUAGUUGUGACUUAUUUGCAGUAGCUAUUUGACAGUCUCUUAUGCUAUGCCUCUCUGACACUGUCAUGUGAAUGCGUUUAGAUUGUCAAGACUAAUGUAGUGGCUAGUUUAGCAA